AUGUGGCGUUAAAAACGGGCCCACUCUUCCGGGCCGGGCCCUUUCAUCAUUACCGAAGUCAAACCCGUUCUCAAAAACUCUUUUCUCCUUCAAAAAAAUGCCCACUUUAUUUACGAAAAUUGCCAUCCCAAUUGGUCUGAGCGGGGCACAGGAGACGGUCUGUUGGAAGGCCUCGGGGAGCUUGUUAUUCUUCUUCUGCUCCUCCUCCUUACACCUGGUCGUUCUUAAAAAAUGGAGCGGGGCACUGGAGACACUCUGCGGGCAUGCCUACGGCGCCAAGCUGUACCGGACUAUGGGCAUCUACCUGCAGGCGUCGAUGAUCACCGCCAUCGCCGUCUCCUGCAUCCUCGCCGUCGUCUGGUGGUUCUCGGAGUCCAUCCUCAUCGCCCUCCGCCAGGAGCCGGCGGUGGCGCACGCCGCCGCCGUGUACAUGCGACCGCUCAUCCCGGCGCUCUUCGCUUACGGGCUGCUCCAGUGCCUGCUGAGGUUCCUGCAGACGCAGUCCGCGGUGGCGCCGCUCGUCGUGUGCUCUGUGGGGCCGCUGGCACUGCACGUACUGAUCACCUACGUGCUGGUUCACCCGGCAGGGAUGGGGUUCGUCGGCGCCCCCUUGGCGGCGGCGGUGUCGCUGUGGAUUUCGUUCCUGAUGCUGGCCUCGUAUGUGAAGUACUCGAAGAGAUUCUCAGAGACCUGGCAGGGCUUCUCGACCGAGGCGUUCGAGCACGUCCUUCCCAGUAUGCGGUUGGCCAUCCCGUCAGCUGUAUACUCCCAUGCCCUCGCGCUCUCUCUCUCUCUCUCUCUCACGCACACACUCGCACAUGUUGCCUUCAGGAUUUAUUCCUAAUAGUUAGACUAGCCAGUCAUCCCAAGAAGAUAGAAUCUCCUUCCUUUCUGACGGGUCAAUUGUGUCAGGAUUUUCCAAUUUAAAGUUACUUUGGUUCUUCAAUAUUUCACCUUGUACGUGCUCAUUGCUCUACUCACUGAAAACAUAGAACUUAUAUAAACAUCGUUUCACUUUUUACCUGAUUCCAAAGGCAACAAUUUUAUCUCAGAUUAUGAGCCGCUUCAACAGUUGUAACCGGUUUAGACCCACAGAUAUCUUCAAGGUUUUACCUCUUUUAUCUUAUAUUUAUAAAAAUCAAACAAAAAAUUAUAUUUAUUAUUAAUUAUUUUAUGUGUGGAGUUAUUGCACCACAAGUUAUUAUUGGUAUGUAUUGCAGAAAUUACAGUUGUUAAUGAAAAUGGAUGAUUUUGUUUGACUGGUGAUAUUAUUCUUGCAGCUUGGAAUACUGGGCUUUUGAAAUUAUGGUGCUAUUGGCUGGUCUGAUGCCCCGCUCAGAGCUGAGCACCUCACUAAUUGCAAUGUGGUAUGACCUGUCUUCAUCUAUUAGGUUAGAUCAUAAAACUUAUUAGUCAAUAUUGUAUAAAUAUUAACUUGAUAUUUUGGUGGAUUUCAGUGUUAACACAGAGGCUGUGUCGUUCAAUGUUACAUAUGGGUUUAGUGCUGCUGUGAGGUACGCAUAGUAACUUGUUCAUAAUUAUGAAUAUAAAUUAUAUUCAUAAUUACGAUUCUAAUUUAUUUUUUCCCUCUUUUGUAGCACACGUGUGGCAAAUGAAUUGGGGGCAGGAAAUGUGGAAAAGGCAAAGAAUGUAGUUAGGGUGACAUUGAAGCCCUCAGUAAUUCUUGCAUUGACAAUUGUCCUUUUUUUGGUCUUCGGUCAUAAUAUAUGGGCUAACUUGUUCAGUAGUAGCCCAGAUAUUAUUAGGGAGUUUGCCUACAUGACCCCGCUACUAUCAAUUUCCAUACUACUAGACUCGGCACAGGGGAUUCUAUCAGGUGACUAUGAUAGGAAAUGAAAUCCAUAGAUAGUACUGAUUUUUAAUAUCUUGCUAAUCAUGUGAAUAAUUGAUUCAGGUGUAGCAAGAGGAUGUGGUUGGCAACAUCUAGCAGCAUGGACCAACCUGGGAGCAUUCUACGUGAUUGGGAUGCCAAUUGCACUUCUUCUUGGGUUUGUCCUAAAGUUCUAUUACAAGGUUGGUAAUCUUAGGUGUAUUUUGAGAUCUUAAAACUAGUUUUAACAACAUAUGGUUGACAAUUCAUUUUUUAUGGCUGAAACCUAUGAUUUAUAGCUAUUUUUAUAAGGCCGUGGACAUAGUCUUCAUACAUUAACAACCUAUCUAGUAUAG